AUCAAUUUCAAUCGAGCGCUUUCAAACUUCUCGUGGGAUCUCGCGCGUUUUCAUAUUAAUAACUUCCGGUUUAAAGUCAAAGAAAAAGCCUCAUAAAUUUGUUAUUUUACUUCAAUAUUUGCAACAGAAAUACGCCUACACACUGCCAGAUGGAGAACAGACUUAAAGUACUUUCAAGCUCUUACAAAACAUAGCUACAUGUAUGGCACCCACAUGUAACUGUGUUAAAUAGUACUUUGCACAAACACUGAAAGACACAAUGGCCACAGCAGAAACCAGAAUGAAAGAUGGCGAACAUCGGUCCCAAGAUGCACGUCCUGGUCAACCUUCACGAGACUCUAGACGCAGUACAAGGCAGCUGGAUUUUUUCCAGGCAAUGUCAGACUUCCGAACCAUGUUUCCAACCCUGGAUGAUGAAGUUAUUGAGGCCGUGCUGAGAGCCAAUGACGGCGCUGUGGAUGCCACCAUUGAUCAGCUUCUCACUAUGACUAUUGACGAGGACACUAGCGUUGUUAAGCUGGCAGAUUUUACUGAGACUGGCAUGCCGAGAAUGCUUCAGUAUCAGGACCACCAUGACACAUCUCUAUUGGCAACAGCUGCAAUCUCCUCCACCGACUCCCCGCCCUCCUAUUCAGAAGCCAUAAAGAGUCCUGGCACCCAGGAUGAAGUUUCCAGUAUUUGGACUACCCCAAUAUCUGGCACCCAGUCUGCAACGAGUCGGAGCCGAUUGCCUCUUGAUUUGGAUCUUGUGGACAGCGAUGGCUUUGGUGCAUUGCCUAAGAUAAGUCCUGGUGGUUUAAAAAAAGGGGGCUCAGGAGUGGGGUGUUCCUCCUCUACUAGGGAGACUGUCAGUAAAAAUAUUGGUGCGCCCUGGCUGACUUCUGCAGAUACGAACACAACUCGGAAGAAGGAAUUUAGGAACUGGAACCCACCUAUGCUUGGGAACUUACCUGAUGACUUUCUGAGAAUUAUGUCACCUGAACAAUCAACUACAAGUGGUGCAAAAACUUUAGGAGAUGCUAGAACAAGUAUGUUAGCAUCUCCACUCGAUUUAUCAUCAUUGACUGAUGCUCGACCAAAAACUCAUAAAUCUCGCAAAGGAGACAAGGUGUCGCGUUCUGUUAGUCUCUCAACCAAAGACACUAAAGACAAAGACUUGAAAUGGAAAGGUAUUGACAAGAAAAGCAAAUCUGGUGAUAAAUUUUCCCGGUCAUUAAGUGUAACAGAGGAUAAUGCUAUCGCUAGACAAAGGGAAGCUACUUCUUCUUCUGGGAAACGUUCUGUGAUAAUUGAGACGCAUGACUUUAGUAAAGGCAUGCUGGCUGAGAAAAUGAAGGAGAAUGAGCGGCGCCGCAAAAAGACCUCUGCCAACAUGGACCCAGAGCUUGCCCAGUACCUUGAGGAUGAGCGGCUUGCACUGGCCCUCCAGAAUUCAGAGUUCUUGCAGGAACUACGGGGCAAUGAGGACUUCAUGAAAACUCUACAGAAAGAGGCAGGUGAUAGCCGUGGCAGAAAUUCCUCAGUUGCUCCCAGUUUGAAUGCAGUGCCACCAGCACCUGUUUCAGCACCUGUGGCAGCCCCCGUGAGACCUCCAGAAGAUGUUCACCAAGGCUAUGGUGAUGACAGUGAUCGCACUUUAGAUGCUUUCCCAUUCAGCAAGCCCAUGGAGACAGCAAAGGAUGAUGACAUCGAGUUACAGAGACAGCUACAGGGAAUGGGCAAAGCUUCAAGAAAACAAUUUGCCUCACUUGCCAAGAAGUUUUUUAAACGGAAGAAGAAGACAUCAAGACAGUUACUCAAUGAGAAGCUCGCACCCUCUAUGAUGAAUCUCUUGGAGGAUGAGGAUGAUGAGGAGGAGGACUUACAGACAGACAGACGCUACCAGUCCAGCCCACCUACCAUCGAACCACUGCCAAGUACGCUUAUUGGUGUACCAGCCCACAAAACAGUUCAGAGACCGCCCUACAACCCAGGUGGUGUGGUCACUUAUUUUGACAACUCACGUGUGGACAUGGUGUGAAUGAGGAGACACUUACAAUAAUGAAUAAUAAACAAAUAUUUAUGCCCCCCUUCGAAGAAGAGGGGGUAUAUUGCUUUGUUUAAUGUCGGUCUGUCGGUCGGUCUGUCAGUCCACCAGGUGGUUGCAGACGAUAUCUCAAGAAUGCUUGGGCCUAGGAUCAUGAAACUUCAUAGGUACAUUGAUCAUGACUCGCAGAUGAACCCUAUUGAUUUUGAGGUCACUAGGUCAAAGGUCAAGGUCACGGUGACCCGAAAUAGUAAAAUGGUUUUUGAAUGAUAACUCAAGAACCCAUACGCCUAGGAUCAUGAAACUUCAUGGGUAGAUUGAUCAUGACUUGCAGAUGACCCCUAUUGAUUUUGACGUCACAAGGUCAAAGGUCAAGGUCACGGUGACCCGAAAUAGUAAAAUGGUUUCCGGAUAAUAACUCAAAAAUGCAUACGCCUAGGAUCAUGAAACUUCAUGGGUAGAUUGAUCAUGACUCGCAGAUGACCCCUAUUGAUUUUGAGGUCACUAGGUCAAAGGUCAAGGUCACGGUGACCCGAAAUAGUAAAAUGGUUUUCGGAUGAUAACUCAAGAACGCAUAUGCCUAGGAUCAUGAAACUUCACAGGUAGAUUGAUCAUGACUCACAGAUGACCCCUAUUGAUUUUGAGGUCACAAGGUCAAAGGUCAAGGUCACGGUGACCCGAAAUAGUUAAAUGAUUUUCGGAUGACAACUCAAGAAUGCUUUUGCCUAUGAUCAUGACACUUCAUAGGUACAUUGACUCGCAGAUGACCCCUAUUGAUUUUCAGGUCACUAAGUCAAAGGUCAAGGUCACAGUGACAAAAAACGUAUUCACACGAUGGCUGCCACUACAACAGACAGCCCGUAUGGGGGGCAUGCAUGUUUUACAAACAGCCCUUGUUGUAUUUUGUUUUUUAAUGUAAGGUUUAUGGGUACCUUGCACUGUUUUCCUACAGUUUUUGUAUUUCAUUUGUGCAAACCUUAAUUUUAUGGUAUAUUAAAAAAAGCUUGCAAUACCAAAUUAUUUUGUUACAAUAUAAACAUGUCAAUAAUUGUCUCAUUCAUAAGCAGAAAAAUCAUCAAUAAUUGACACCCUUCAGAUAAUGUUUAUGACAUGUUUUCAUGCCCCCAUCAUUUGCUGAUGUAGACAGGCAUUAUUUGGAUUGGCCUGUCCAUUAUUGUUUCAAAGCUUUGAUACUUGCAUGAAUGUUAUUUAUGAAGACUCGUGACAACCAAAUCACCUGACCUGAUUUAUAUCUUGACGUUGACCUUUUUUGGACUUGGACUUAUUAAUGAUGUCCAAUUUCUUGGUUAACUCUUUCAGUGCGGGAACCGAAUUUUGAAGGCCUUUGCAAACAGUUUUGAUCCAGAUGAGAUGCCACAGAACGUGGCAUCUCAUCAGGAUCCAAACUGUUUGCUAUUCUGAUAGUAUUCUUUGAAAAAAAUCGAAGAAACUGCUAAUUUUAGAAAUUCAGCAGACAACAUUUUAGCAGACGACAAAUUUCCCAGCAUGCAAAGGGUUAAAAGAAAAUGACAGGUUCAUCCUAUCAUAAAUACCACAUGCUCCAAAGCUUUGAGAUUUUCAAUAUAUACUGCAACACGGUUGACUCCCCGUACUUGAGGAAUAUUUACUUGCGUCUAGAAACCAUCUUCAUAUAUCAGAUAAAUGAUUUAAAGGUCAUUCAUAUGUAACUUAACUUUAUUGGACAAUUGCCUUUUUAUGACUAAAAACCUUUUUAACUGCUGUAGAAACAAAUCCAACACCACUGUCCGCCGUUGUUGUUUAUGUUUUCGCCUGUUAGAUUCGCGGUAAAUAGGUUAAACAGCACCAAUAUUAAAUUAAACAUGAAUAAUCAAAGCUCUAACACUUUACACUUUUCGAAGUAACAAUAAAUAACGUAUAUAACAAUUUAAAUAUAUGGAAUUUAAGACAUCAAAAAUAAAAUAAAUAGCACAAUUAUUUUCAAGCACUGUCGUAUUUUUUAGUUACGACAAUUAAUUGAUAAAAAUUUUCAAAUAUUGUUUAAGUCUGAGUUUUACGACAUUUUAUUACCAAAAAUUGAUUCCAACCUGUAGCGAGAGAUUUUUUCUAUCAGAUUUGACAAGUAGGUCACACAGAUUGGUUUUUAAACAAAAUCCAGAGGGCACUUAUGAAAAACCGCGGGUCAACCCGACCCACGAGUUUACCGGGUUGGAUGUUUUUUUAUAAACAUUAUCAACACUCCCACUUAACCUGAUCUCAUUUUUACCGUGACAUUGACCAACUCUUUGACUUGGGAUUUUUCUGAAGAUCGGAAUUCCUAGUUAACCAAAACUGGCAGUUUGAUCAACAAUACACAGUACACUAUUUCAGAAUGGAAUUGACCUUAUUUUGGACCACAACUUAUUAAAAAUGUUUCCAUUAAUUCCCACUGACAAGGCUCCAGCAGGUGGACACAUGUAUUAGUUGAACGCAGCAUCUUGUUUUAUCAUACCGCUGCAUUGAUGUCUGCCAGAUGUAAUGUUGCUUGGCAAGCCUCGCCGUUAUAUUAUUCUAAGCCUUGCCUGAUAUAUUACAAAAAGAUCAGGCAUUGACCUGUUAUUCUCUAUGUAUUGCAGCGCAUAGCAAACUUAAAAUACCAUUAAUAAGUAUAAACCAUGAUCUCUUACUGAAGGUUUUCUUCGUUUGCUAUUUGAAGUUUUGAGUCACAUUUUUGCUAGAUGCCAAUUUUAUUUGCAAAAUGGAUAGCUGUCUGUCAGUCACUAAGGCUAUUGCAUCCUGUUCAUUAUAACAUUUAUUUACACCAACUUAAAUUGUAAUUUUAGUUUAUUUCCAUUUUUCUAUGCGAGGUAAAUGUUACAAUAAAUCAUCAUGUAAAAAUGAUUUUUGUGCUGUAUGUGGCAAACUUAGCUCCAGCCCAGCAUGCACAUAAGCACUGUCUGGUCAUGAGCUACCCUGUCUGCUUAAGAGACUAUGAAACCUUGCGUGACUUGAUAGACUGCGCUGAUGCGUACGUCACAAGACCCAUCUUCUCAUGAUGCAGCUCAUCUCAUACACCAAACACACUGUUACUGUUGAAUUUAUAUUUAACUGCACAUUAGCCUUGCACAUUUUCCAACAUUUUGGUAAAAGACAUGAUGUAAAUAAAUACAGCUGCCAUAUUGAUAAUAACCUAUAAAUACAACACAACUUUUUGUGAGUGAAUGUUCAAAUAAUAAGUUAACCUGUGUGUCUAUUUCUAUGCAUGGUCCAUUUUGUGAGUCAAGAAAGUAAUGAUGCAAUAGGUUUUUCGAAUGUAUUUGUAAUUGUAAAUCAAAGUGUAUUUGGUUGUUCCUGAGGUUGCUUUAUCAAAAAUUGUUGUACUGAUUGUAAUAAUGUUUUAAUAUUAUAGAAUGAACAUUUUAAGCAUUUCAUAAACUUAAAAUGCCUAGUGGCAAGUGUAUGGUUUAAGUCAGUAAUACACAACAAGUGCCUAGUUGAUGUGUAUGGUUAAUUAUAAUAGACAAAGUUGAAAUUUUUGUGUAAUACAAUUUGUAAUUAGUUAAUAUCUUUAUAGGGACAAUUUAUUUGUGUUAUAAUCUUGGUUUGAACAAUAUGAUAUUAAAGACCUCCUUAUUCCAAUAAGCAGUAAUUUGCCAUGAUCUUACUAAAAUAACAUAGGAUGAUCUACUUAUAUAUUGCUGCACAGAAAAAGUGGAUGAUCAGGUUUUUAAGAAGUUUUGUUCCUUAUUCCACUUUAAGCUAUUUCUGAUGUUUGUAUCUGUUUUACAAUAACUAACAUUGUUAGUUCCAGACAUUCUGUGAAAAUCUCACUAUUUUUUCAGAUGUCAGUGUUCAUAGUUCACUUCAGUAUUUAAAUUUUGAUGUUUUAUCAAAAGAAUAUUUUGGUAUUGAUGAGGUUCAAAACAGUUGUUGAUGUAUUUUGAUAAAUGUGUUACCCCAUUGAGUCAAUGAAUAUUUUCAUUAUUGCAUGAUAAAAAAUGCAAGCAAGUUUGGUAGUUAAUAUUGUACACUUGAGGUAUAUUUGUUUGUUUUGUUAAAGAUUUGUUGUUACUUAAGGAUGAUCCAGCUCUCAGGUUGCACUUUGAAUUAAAUUUGAAGAUUUUAACAUUGUUAAGAUAUAUUUGAUACUCUUAUUUGUUAUUUUGUUUUUAAAUAUAGGGCACUUUCAUAAUGUAUUUUAGUGGGCUUGAUUAGUUGUACACAUGCUGUUUUGGUAAAAAAGCUUUCAUGUUUAGGAUUGUCAGUGUAGAUUGAGACUUUUUCCUGCCUAAAGUGCAUGUCCAUAAGAAUCCUGAGCUUUACUUGUGUGACCUUCCAUAAACUUGACUUAUGAUUCAGUCAUAUUAGGUAAAUCACCAAUCUGAUUGGUUGCUCUUUAUGGCUCAAACAUGUGUUAUUUGAGCUUAUUAUGUUUUGUUAGCUAUAAAAACAUGACCUUUGUCUGUAAUUAAAAUGACGAUUAAUUAACGAAUUUGCAAGAAGGUAGACAAAUGGAAAAGAACAAUGCAAAGCCUGAUUUUCAGAUGCACUGUGUAUGAUAUGUUUUUUCUGCAUUUUUAUGCUCCCGGUAGGGUGGCAUAUAGCAGUUGAACUGUCCGUCAGUAUAUCAGUAUGUGUGUAUGUCAGUCUGUCCGUCCGUCCGAGAAAAAAAACUUGAGCGUUGGCCAUAACUUUUGCAUUAUUGAAGAUAGAAACUUGAUAUUUGGCAUGCAUGUGUAUCUCAUGAAGCUGCACAUUUUGAGUGGUGGAAGUUUACGGUCAAGGUCAUCCUUCAAGGUCCAAGGUCAAAAAAAUAAUAAUUUCAAAGCGGCAUUUUCAUAAAGCUGCACAUUUUGAGUGGUGGGAGUUCAAGGGCAAGGUCAUCCUUCAAGGUCAAAGGUAAAAAAAAAAUAUUCAAAGCGGCGUUCUCAUGAAGCUGCACAUUUUGAGUGGUGGAAGAUCAAGGUCAAGGUCAUCCUUCAAGGUCAAAGGACAAAAAAAAUCAAAGCGGUGCAAUAGAGGGCAUUGUGUUCUGACGAACACAUCUCUUGUUAUUUAUCUUAGACCAAAUGCAAAUAUAUUACUGAGAACUAUCAAACAAUGAACAUCUACUUGGAGUUUGAAACAUUAUUCAAAAUUUGUUAUUUAAUGACUCAACAGUGAGAAUGCAAAUUUUUGAUUCUCAUAUGAUUUGAUCAUCAUUAAUUUAUCUCAAGAACGAAAGCAAGUUUUAGUGAUAUGGUGAGUUUGGAUUUAUUCUAAAUGUUUGACUUAAAUGCAACAUACAUGUAUUGUACCAUUUUAAUUAUUCUCAGCUCUUUCACCAUUAGAAUCGACUCCUUAUUUUAAGGUGUUUAAUUGUAAUGUUAAAUAUUAUAAACUUAUACAAAAUGUUUUAAUCAUUAAAAGAUGAAUCUGUUUUAGCAUGAAUUGUUUUUGUAUUGUGUAUAUGAUACGCUUAAAGAUUUAUGGUAUAGAAUAUUAGCAUAGAAAACACUUUUCAUAAAUCAAAGAAUAAAAAUUGAUAAAAGUU